AUGGAGCGUUUAGGGGAGAAAGCCAGUCGCCUGCUGGAGAAGUUAAGACUCUCGGACUCCGGCAGCGCGAAGUUCGGCCGCAGAAAGGGUGAAUCUAGCCGGUCUGGGUCUGAUGGGACCCCCGGGCCGGGCAAGGGGCGCCUGAGUGGGCUGGGGGGACCAAGGAAAUCAGGGCCCCGUGGAGCUGCUGGGGGACCUGGGGAUGAGCCGUUGGAGCCAGCCCGGGAGCAAGGCCCCUUGGACGCUGAGCGGAACCCGCGCGGCUCCUUUGAGGUGCCGCGCUACGAAGGCUCCUUUCCGGGGGGACCACCUCCCUCCCGGGCCUUGCCUCUACCUCAGUCGUUGCCCCCCGACUUUCGGCUGGAGACCACGGCCCCAGCCCUAAGCCCCCGCUCCAGUUUCGCCAGUAGCUCAGCCAGCGACGCGAGCAAGCCGUCCAGUCCCCGGGGCAGUCUGCUGCUGGACGGGGCGGGGGCUGGUGGAGCCGGAGGUAGCCGACCCUGCAGCAACCGUACCAGCGGCAUCAGCAUGGGCUACGACCAGCGCCACGGCAGCCCCCUGCCUGCCGGGCCAUGCCUGUUUGGCCCACCCCUGGCCGGGGUUCCGGCGGGCUAUUCCUCUGGAGGGGUGCCGUCCGCCUACCCCGAGCUCCACGCUGCCCUGGACCGACUGUGCGCUCAUCGGCCCGCGGGGUUCGGCUGCCAGGAAAGUCGCCACUCGUAUCCCCCGGCCCUGGGCAGCCCGGGAGCUCUAGCCGGGGCCGGAGUGGGAGCGACAGGGCCCUUGGAGAGAAGAGGGGCGCAACCCGGACGACACUCGGUGACUGGCUACGGGGACUGCGCCGCGGGCGCCCGAUACCAGGAUGAACUAACAGCGUUGCUGCGCCUGACGGUGGGCACAGGUGGGCGAGAAGCCGGCGUCCGCGGAGAAUCCGCGGGGAUUGAGACGUCGGGUCUCGAGGAGCCGCCGGGUGCGUUUGUUCCAGAGGCCGCCCGGGCCCGGAUACGGGAGCCAGAGUCCAGAGAGGACUACUUUGGCACGUGUAUCAAGUGCAACAAAGGCAUCUACGGGCAGAGCAACGCCUGUCAGGCUUUGGACAGCCUCUAUCACACCCAGUGCUUUGUCUGCUGCUCCUGUGGGCGGACUCUGCGCUGCAAGGCUUUCUACAGCGUCAAUGGUUCUGUGUACUGUGAGGAAGACUAUCUGUUUUCAGGGUUUCAGGAGGCAGCUGAGAAAUGCUGUGUCUGUGGUCACUUGAUUUUGGAGAAGAUCCUCCAGGCAAUGGGCAAGUCCUAUCACCCCGGCUGCUUUCGAUGCAUCGUUUGCAACAAAUGCCUGGACGGCAUCCCCUUUACCGUGGACUUCUCCAACCAGGUGUACUGUGUCACCGACUACCACAAAAGCUACGCUCCUAAGUGCGCAGCCUGUGGCCAGCCCAUCCUCCCCUCAGAGGGCUGUGAGGACAUCGUGAGGGUGAUAUCCAUGGACCGAGAUUAUCACUUUGAAUGCUACCACUGCGAGGACUGCCGGAUGCAGCUGAGUGAUGAGGAAGGCUGCUGCUGCUUCCCUCUAGAUGGGCACUUGCUCUGCCACGGCUGUCACAUGCAGAGGCUCAGUGCCCGGCAGCCCCCUGCCAAUUAUAUCUGA